AUGGCGGCGCUUCAUGGCGGUUUCACAGAUUUUUCAGACGACCUCUCUGGAGAGGAGUACCUGCCGGCAACCAAGUUGGGGAGACCGCCAACUAACUCAGGCCCAGACACCGCUCCGGUGACUAUAGCGGCCCUCACGCGGCUACUCGCAGACCACCACAAGGAUCUGCACAACGACAUCACUGCACUGAGGGGCGACCUAAAAGGGAUGACAACCCACCUAAACGCAGUGGAACACACAGCUGAAACCACAACCCGAGACAUUGGGGAACUCAGACAAACUGUACAAGACAUUCAACAACAACAAAGACUCUAUGAACACCGCAUGGCGGAGCAGGAGGAUGCUGGGCGACGCAAUAACAUGAAGAUAAGAGGGAUCUCAGAAGUGAUCCCCGAGGCAGAACUAGCCCAAGCUGUUGAACGCCUCCUGGCAAAUAUCUUACCACCCACGCGGGCCAACAAGAUUACCCUUGCCAACAUAUUCAGGAUCCCCAAACCUCCAAGGGCGCCGACCGGGGCCACAAAAGAUGUCAUACUUACCUUCCAAACCAGAAUAGACAAAACAGCAGUCCAGAAUGCUUUGAGGGGAAAUACGCUGUUCCAAUUUGAAGGGAUGGCUUUAAACUUCUUCUCCGAUCUAUUGAGAGGCAUCCUGGCUUGGCGACAUUCCCUCCAGCCUCUUACCACACUUCUCCGCCAAAGAGACCUCAAGUAUCGAUGGCAAAUGACCCACACACUCACCGUACAGCAGGGCAUGGACACCCAUCAGAUCAAGGAACUGAGCGACGCAACGCCGUUUUUACAGUCACUGGGCCUACCACCAGACUCCCUCGCACAGACAGGUCAAGAGAGUGCUACGCCUCCUCAACACCCGUGGGAUCUGGCGAGAUCCAUCGCAUUUGUGCCGACAGAUCACACACCCGACCCCUACGUGGCAUUCACUAUCUGA